CGUGCAUUCGCCUAUGUGACACAAUUACAACAACUUUGAGCUGGUGUGGGGGGAAGUUUACUAUAUUACCAAAUAACGUCCUAUCGUAAAAACCGGCAUCAACUCUACUCCAUGCAUUAUUUGGCAAUUACAUACAUUUAGUAUUUUGUGUACAAUCAUGCGAUAAGGCUUUUUUGGACGUGUCUUGUUUUCCUUCAGGAUUUGGCAAUCACUCGGCUGAGCUAGCUACGUUUUCAGUCCUACAUACCGUGGUGUACUUUCGUUCUUGUUAUAUUUUUGGUGGAGUUUGUCGCCCGCUUCCCUGUUCCUUUUCUAUGAAAUCGUGCGGAGUGUCGCUCGGCGCUGCUGGUGAUGAGGAAAAGAAAAUGGCGGCGGGAAAAGCGAAUGAAAUCGAAUUGGACUUUCCGAAGCUAACAGCUCAGGAGAGAGACAGCUUGGUCGAAAUUGACAGUUCACUAUUUGGAUUUCAGAGGCUUCAUGAAGAUGGCGCCAGAACGAAGGCCUUGCUGUUAAAGGCUGUAAGCUGCUAUGACUCUGCCAUCCUGAAGUCAGAAGGGAAAGUAGAGCCAGAGGUGUUCUGCCAGCUGGGCCACUUCAAUCUUCUCCUGGAGGACUAUCCAAAAGCAUUAUCUGCGUAUCAGAAGUACUACAGUUUACAGUCGGACUACUGGAAGAAUGCUGGCUUUUUAUAUGGCCUUGGUUUGGUCUACUUCCAUUACAACACAUUUCACUGGUCCCCUUUCUCCCUGUCUAGGUCAGUGCAGCCCUCCUCAGAGGCCCAUGCAGGACAGAGAAGGGCGAUAAAAGCAUUUCAGGAUGGGCUCUAUAUUGACCCCAGUUUCUCCCGAGCCACAGAGAUCCACAUGAGGCUAGGCCUCAUGUUUAAAGGCAACACCGAUUACGAGUCCAGUCUGAAGCAUUUUCAGCUGGCUUUGAUUGGCUCCAACCCCUGCACUUUGUCCAAAGCUGAAAUCCAGUUCCACAUCGCUCAUUUAUAUGAGAUUCAGAAGAAAUUCAGAGCAGCAAAAGAAGCGUAUGAGAGUUUACUACAGACAGAGAAUCUACCUGCACAGGUGAAGGCUGCUACACUGCAGCAACUAGGCUGGAUGCAUCACACAGUGGAGCAGUUACGGGACCAAGGCUCCAAGGACAGCUAUGCCAUCCAGUGUCUGCAGAAGUCACUAGAAGCAGACCCCAACUCUGGACAGUCCUGGUACUUCCUCGGCAGGUGCUACUCCAGUAUUGGGAAAGUCCAGGAUGCCUUCAUCUCCUACAGACAGUCCAUUGACAAGUCUGAGGCCAGCGCUGACACCUGGUGCUCCAUAGGUGUUCUGUACCAGCAGCAGAACCAGCCUAUGGACGCUCUGCAGGCGUACAUCUGUGCAGUGCAGCUGGACCACAGUCAUGCGGCUGCCUGGAUGGACCUGGGCACGCUCUACGAGUCUUGCGGGCAGCCGCACGACGCCAUCAAGUGUUACAUCAACGCCACGCGCAGCAAGGCCUGCACCAACACCGCUGUCCUCACACACCGCAUUAAGCUGCUGCAGGCUCGGUUGUGUAACCCUCAGACAGGUAGUGUUGCGGGGGGGGAGGGUGGUAAAAUGCUUCCUAGUAUUGAGGAGGCGUGGAGCCUGCCCAUCCCCGCUGAGCUCACCUCCAGACAGGGGGGCCUGAACACUGCAGCAGGCAGCCCAGGGCCACAGGCACAGCAGCAGGCAUGUAAGCCCCACCAGGGAGGUGAGGGAGGCCAGGUACAGACACAGGUCUCUCCCCAUCCCUGCCACACUGACAGUCAGGCCAGCCCUGCCAAGAGGAAACGCACCACCAGCCCAGCUAAGAGUGAUGUACAACAGCAGAUCCCCAGCUGGUACCUAACAGCACAGAGACUACAGCUCCUGGAUCAGCUCCGGGCCAACCGGACCAGUCUUAAACCACCACAGGUACAGAUGCUGGAUCAGCUGGAAAACCAGUUCUCUCUCAUGCAGCAGCAUCAACAGCAGGUGAAACAGCAGGCAGCAGGCCAGUUGUGGCCCACCCUACCCAACGGCCCCUCGCUAUCCCCAAACUCCCUCCCCUCGCCUCACCCCCUCUCCCGGACUUCACCUGUCAGUCACACCACAGCCCACCCUCCCUGCACUCUUCAGCCAAUGGCCAACGGACCUUUAUCUUUAAGUCACCUGGGACAGCUGGAUAAUCAGGAGGCGGGGACCAUGGGCAAUAAUCACACUCCCGGUUUACCGGGUGCAGGGACUUUACCGGGACGUCUAACAGGAGGUGGCAGGAGUAACAGAAACGUGCCUUACCUGCAGCAGAACUGUCUACCUCACAACUGCACAGCCACUAGUGAUACCAGUACCCCUACCAGCAACAACACGAGUCACCGCAGUAACAGUACCAGUAAUGCAGAGGAGGCCUGGAAGAGCCAGCAGCACUCCACUCAGGGGCUUCACAAAGGUCCAGGUUCAUAUUCGGCAGGUCCCAAUGGAGAACACCUUUCCUCCCCCUCCCAUCCCACCCAGGCUGCUGGCCUUGGUGCUCAAAGUCUAAAUCAGGUCGGACAUUCCACCGGGCCCUGCCCUGCCUCCUCUUCCUCCUCCUGUUCCUCCCUCUCCUCCUUCUCCUCUUCGCCACAGAGGGGCGGUGCCCCCAACCAUCUCCCCUCCUCUCCCCUCCCCUCCGCCACCACUACCUCAGGGGCCCAAACCAAAGAGACCACGCCUUUAGGAAGCAGCAGCGGAUUGGCUACCCCUGCAGGGACACUGCUCAGUCCCAGUCUCACCGCCCUUACACAUGGAUUGCCUAAUCACAUCCAGCAGGGGGCGGUGACCACCACGUACAGCUCGGGGAGCCAAUCCCAGCCCGGCUCUCCUCCUCUGGGCGCGCACAGUUCAGACGAUCCUCAGUUCUCAGCCUUGCUCAGAGGAAAGGACAAUAAUAAGGAUGAUGAAAACCACGAUAGUAAUAAUAAUCAUCAUCGUGGCGUUAGUCAAGGAGCCACCAUGGACGAUAACAUCAAGGUCAACAACAUCCACCCGGGUGUCCACCAUGGAGGUCCCAAACCCCUGUCGGAACACUCUGUGGCCUCCUCGCCCCUCUCAGCCAUGUCCGUCACCACCUCCUCCCCCCCUCGCUCCACUAACCCCCACACCCCCACAGCCAUCAACUUCGCCAGCCUUAACAGCAGCCCGUCCAACAGCGGAACCAGCGGUACCACCACUACCCCACAGGUCAAUGGUAAGGGGCUAGAGGACUCUCGCAGCCCAGUCAAGGCGGAUCUCACUGAGCUGGCUCACAGAAGGCCAGCCCUGGCCUCAUGGUCCUCAGUAUCAAUCUACCCCAGCUCCAACCAGGUGCUCAAAGCAUGCAGGAACCUGGGGAAGAACGGCCUGUCCAGCCGCAGUAUCCUCCUUGAUCAGUGUCCCCCGCCCCGGCCCCCCCUGCCCCCCUCACCCUCGCUGCCGAAGGACAAACUCAACCCCUCCACACCCAGUAUCUACCUGGAGAAUAAGAGAGACGCCUUCUUCCCUCCACUUCAUCAGUUCUGUACCAACCCCUCCAACCCUGUCACUGUCAUCAGAGGGCUGGCCGGGGCGCUCAAACUGGACCUGGGUCUGUUCUCUACUAAGACCCUGGUGGAGGCUAACCCAGACCACCUGGUGGAGGUCCGGACCCAGCUGUCUCAGCCCACCGAUGAGAACUGGGACCUGAGCGGCACCAGGAAGAUGUGGCGCUGCCAAAGCAGCCAGUCACACACCACCAUCGCCAAGUACGCCCAAUACCAGGCGUCGUCCUUCCAGGAAUCACUACGGGAGGAGAAGAAGAUGGAGCUGGAAGCAGAGGCAGCCAACGCAGAGAGUGCGGCGUGGCGGAAGAAAGGGCCCUUCAAACACAUCAAGUUUGGCACCAACAUCGACCUCUCUGACGAUAGGAAGUGGAAACUGCAUCUGCAGGAGCUCAGUAAGCUGCCAGCCUUUGCCAGGGUGGUGUCUGCUGGAAACCUGCUCAGCCACGUAGGACACACCAUCCUGGGCAUGAACACUGUCCAGCUUUACAUGAAGGUCCCUGGGAGCAGGACGCCAGGUCACCAAGAGAACAACAACUUCUGUUCAGUGAACAUCAACAUUGGCCCGGGGGACUGUGAGUGGUUCUCUGUGCCCCAGCCUUACUGGGGAAUCAUCAACGACUUCUGUGAAAAGAACAACAUCAACUUCCUGAUGGGUUCAUGGUGGCCCAACCUGGAGGACCUGUACGAGGCACAUGUCCCUGUGUACCGCUUCAUCCAGCGCCCCGGAGACCUGGUGUGGCUCAACACGGGCACCGUCCACUGGGUCCAGGCCAUCGGCUGGUGCAACAACAUCGCCUGGAACGUAGGACCCCUCACUGCGUACCAGUAUAAGCUGGCAGCAGAGCGUUAUGAAUGGAAUAAGCUGCAGAGCGUCAAGUCCAUCGUCCCCAUGAUACACCUCUCCUGGAACAUGGCCAGAAAUAUCAAAGUCUCCGACAGCAAGCUCUUCCAGAUGAUCAAGUACUGUCUGCUGCGGACGUUGAAGCAGUGUCAGAUGCUGCGGGAGCUACUGCAGGCGUCAGGCAAGGAGCUGGUGUGGCACGGCAGGACCAGGGACGAGCCCGCACACUACUGCAGCAUCUGUGAGGUGGAGGUGUUUGCCCUGCUGUUUGUAACCAGUGAGAGUAACAGCAGGAAGACGUACGUGGUGCACUGUCAGGACUGUGCCCGUAGGGGGAGCUCUAACCUGGACAACUUUGUGGUGCUGGAGCAGUACAAGAUGGACGACCUCACACAGGCCUACGACCAGUUCAUACUCGCUCCUCCUCUGCCAUCAUCCUCUUGAUGGUAACAUUCUGUUGUUCUGAGGACAAUAAGAAUCCAUGCUGGACUCCCAAAACCCACCGGAAGCCCCUUUUCUGAUAUUCAGGAAGUGAGCCAGCAGUCCUCUUCUGCUUUCUGUAGAUAUUCCACAAGGCAGCUGGGUGAAAAGCUGUGUGUCUAUGCAACCUGCCCAGAGUGGAGGUGAGGUGUCUCCUCUUAGAGGACUGGAAGGGGAGAGCAUUACUCCUGCCUCCGCCACCAGCCGUGGUGGAAACAGUACCCCAUUGUCAUACUUGAGUAGAAGUAAAGAUACCUUAAUAGAAAAUGACUCAAGUGAAAGUCACCCAGUAAAAUACUACUUGAGUAAAAAUCUAAAACUAUAUGGUUUUAAAUAUACUUCAGUAUCAAAAGUAAAUGUAAUUGCUAAAAUAUACUUAAUCAAAAGUACAAGUUUUAACAUUUACACAUUUCUUAUAUUAGGCAAAGCAGAUGGACACAUUUUAAUCAUUUUUUUCAUUUACAGAUAGCCAGGGGCACACUCCAACACUCAGAUAUCAUUAACAAAUGAAGAUUUUGUGAUUAGUGAGUCUGCCAGAUCAGAGGCAGUAGGGAUGACCAGGGAUGUUCUCUUGAUAAGUGUAUGAAUAAGACCAUUUUCCUGUCCUUCUAAGCAUUUCAAUUGUAACGAGUACUUUUGGGUGUCAGGAAAAAUGUAUGGGGUAAAAAGUACAUCUUCUUUAGAAAUGUAGUGAAGUAAAAGUUGUCAAAUAUAAAUAGUAAAGUACAAACUACUUAAUUGCUGUCUGGCUCAAUAGCUGACAAAAAUGAUGACUGCAUUUAUUUUGUAUAUAUUUUGUUAAAACUGGCAACAACAUCAUACAAAGACUACUGACUUGAUACACGUUUCCAUUUUUAAUUCUGUUUGUGGGCUGAUACAAACGUUCUCUGAGUUGGUGUCCCCCCCUUGAGUCUACGUCCUAGAAUCGCUGGUCUUUUGUAUGUUAGUAAAUAGAAGUCGUCUUUGGGCAAGAAAAUAAGAAAAAAACAUUUUGUAAAGUAAUAUAUAUUUUUUUUACUGCUUUUGAUAUUUUGGAACCAUAUGGUUUGGUUCUGUAGGUAAAAUAGUAUUCUAAUGAGAGAAAAAUUAACAGCCAAGUCACCAAGAGACUUAUGGAAUAAACUCUUUUUUUUUUUCGAAUCUUGUUGUAAAUUUACACUAUUUAUAAAAUGUAUAUUUAUUGCUUGAAAAUAUUUGUUGAUCGAAUGCUGUAAUUUUUUUCCCCAGAUUACCUGCCAUUAAAGGAGUUGUCAUUUUAUACACAACCCUUCCUACGUUUUCUAUAUGAAUAAAACUGCUUUAGCAAAGCAUUUUUCCAGAGACUCCUUGAAAUGGUUUUAUUGUUUGAAGGAUGUUUGUCAUUAAACAGAAGUUGUCUUUAUUUA